AUGAAUCAGAAAAACAAUUUUCGGAAGUUGGAAUUUUUUCCGUUAAAAACUGUGGAACGCUUAGAGAAAAUGGACAAAUUAAUAGUGGAGAACAAAAUCAAUCGUAAAGCGUUGAUUACUCAACUAUCACAAAUAGGAGGAACAGACAUCAAAUCCCUUACAUUUAAUAUAUUGCGAAGAACUUUAAGUGAUCCAGUUUCAAGCUUAUUUAGUUACGUUGGUGGGAAAAAAAAACGUUCCUUCUUUGAUUUGCAUUUAAGAAGUAUUAUAUUUGGUGCUGUACGAAUUUAUUUCCCCGACGCAACUGAACAAAUUAUUUCAGUGCCUGUUAAGUCUUGGUUAAGACAUGCAUCAGAACGUAACGAAAGAAAUGUGAAUAAAAUGAAAAAUGUGGAACAUGUUUCGGAACAAGAUGACCAAGAUGACGCUAGUUUAUCGGAUUAAGCCAAAUAUUCAUGUUGUUUGAUGUUAUUUUUGAUAUAUUCUAUUCGAUAUCUAUUACGGGUCCCAGAAGCAUCAGCCGGAUUUAGACAAGAUUAUUUUAGAGCGAAGUUGGAAGAACAACCUCUCGAAGAUCAUCAUCACGCUGGUAGCGUAGAAAAAUAGCAAGUAGGUUCUUGGAGUAGCGCGAAUUGAUGACAGGCUGUAUUCGACGGUCGGUUGUCAUCCGACGCGAUGCAAUAAAUAUGAGGAAUGCGACAAUCCAGAGGAGUACCUGAAGUCGUUGUCGGACCUGUCGUUAAAUAACAAGGACAAGAUCGUCGCGAUCGGCGAGAUGGACUUGGAUUACGACAGGUUGAAUUUCUGUCCUAAGGAGACCCAGAAGAAGUAUUUCGAGCUGCAAUUGUUGUGCUCGACGUUAGAGCUACCAAUGUUCCUGCACUGCCAGCGAUGACUUCGUUCGAAUCCUAAGGAAGCACUAAAGCGAAUUGACGCCUGUUGUUGUGCACUCCUUCGAUGAUAAUCCUGAAGAUGCGAAUUUUAUACUACAAGUAAGCUUGUAUUUAAAUAAUAAAGAUUAAGAUUGAGAUACAA